CUUCCCACUUAUAUCGGCCAGGUUUAGUCUUUCUGUGUCACUGCAGAAACUUCAUUACUAGACUCGCUCUGAUAGUGCACACUUCCUGUUCAAAAACACUUUCUUUAAGCUGUAAACAGACUGUAUGUGGCUUAUAUCUAAUGAAAAUAUGUCAGUAAGGUAAGCUGUCUUUAUUUAUCUAAACUUUGUGAACCAGUAUAGAUUCAUUGUCAUUGGGCUGUAGUUCUAAAGAGCAAUUCUGGAGCAAUAUUCACAGAAAAUAACUGAUACACCUGGAGCAUUCACCAUGGAAAGUGCUACAGGUGGCACAGUUACAAUGGAAACUAAGUGUUACAGGUAGAGAAAUCACCAUGCUUUUUGCUCAAUAUGUAACAAUUUAUAUGGACAUAUGUAGAUAUGGACAAAUUUGUAUGUAAUGUCAUGUAAGUCACAGAAUUAUUGAUUCUGAGUUUUGGGAUUUUUAUUACAAUCUCAGGAUAAAGAGCCAGGUUCUCAUGGUAUUUAGGUUAGCAGGAUGAUUUAACAGGUAAAUGCACACAUUUUGACUGUCACGCAAUCUGAUAUUCCUUCUAUUGCUUUUUUUUCUUAUGGCCAACCAAUCUGGAUCCUCCUGACUCAUGUUCUUUGUGAUUCCGAAAUAUUGCGUUCCUUUCUGUAGUUCAAGUAAAUUGUGUAAAUGAACGUAAAGGCAAAAAUGUUUAAUAACUCACUCUCGUAUUUAAAGAUUAAAUAAUUUGCACUAAUUGCUCUAACAGGUUGUUGUUCACUUGUGCUAUUACAGAGCAAAGUCUAACCAUUUAAUAUCUGGAUUAGUCCCUCCUGUAUAUGCUGUCUAGCACCUAAUUUCAGGCAGAUACUCUCUGCUUGAGUGAUGCAAGAAGGACAGACAAUUGUGUCAGCCUUCACUAGGCCAUGAAUGUGCUAUGGCUGUGUGAUGCCCCUCUAGGCAAAGGGGUCCGCACCUUUAUUACCGCUUAGCUUUACUUGAAUACAUUACGUGAACCAGUUUUGCUCAACUUUGUAUUCUGAGAACCUGGUCUUUCCAAGAAGGCCAGUACUAGAAGCAUUUGGUUGCCACAUCCAGUAAGUGAAUAUAAAGGCAACUGUCCAUGGUGGGCUACCUAAAAGGAAAUAUUUUGAAGUGUUUUGGUUGGUUUUGAAUGUUGCUAGAUAUUUUGAUGACGCGUGAUUAAAUAUUGAGAGUCAAAUGGAUUUUACAUUUAAACAUGUGUCUACUAAGAGAAUAGCUGAACUUAUAUAACCCACUCAGAACCUCUUUCUAUCAUGAUGUCACUCACAAGUAAUUAGUUAGUAUAGCAUGUGAAGUAUUAAAUGAUUUUUAGUUUCAGAUCACUUAACUCAGGUGGUUCUUUGGUUUAUACAUGUCUGUCUGAUUCACUGACUGAUACAUCUGCAUAAUGUGUGUUUCUUCUUUUGAAAACCUGCGAUAUUUAUGUUAAGAAAGAGUUGAACUUAUUGUGUGUUUUACUUAUUAAUUACACUUGUUGCAAUGUACUGUGGGGGUUGCAACAGGCCACAUGCAUUAAAUACCCUGCAUGUUAACAUGGUACAAUUUGAAUAUUUCUAUGAACAUUUAUUUCUCUUCCUGGUUACGAAUCAUUUCAACAGGUUUGUUGCAAAAUUAAAACCAAAAUGGCAAAAGUUAGGCAAAACUAGUUGACCUUGAAAAAUACUCCAACUCAGUUAUAGCCACAGCUCGACUAUUUUUGCCUGCAUUUCAGUAUAAUUUCUAAAAACAAACACACCAUAAAUUAAUUAAUGAGACAUAUGUAAAGCCCCUAAAACAAACAAUUUUGGGCUCACCCUGGUAUCUACCUGUCAGUGACUUCGAGAAUCUUACUUAAUUUCGUGUUGUGCUGCAUGCUCAGAAACUUAAAACCAAAAAAGCUAGAGUUUCUCUCUCAAUAUUUCUAGGCAUGUAGUUUGAAUUAUCUAAUGUAAUGUAGGCCGUUUUUUAGGUAGAAUGUAUAUAUAUCUAUUUCACUUUAACCCUACUACCAACCCCCUUAAUCCAAAUCCCCCCCAAACUCAUUUAUUACCUUAGUAUAUGCAUACAUAUAUUUUUUUAAGCAAGGACAUUCGGCCCCCUUUCUGUUUGGCGGCAGUUAUUUUCAGCCGAUUUCCACUGCUUCCAUUUUAUAAUUCACAUUUAAUUCAAUGCCGUUUUCACUUGGUCAACAGACAACAGAGCAAGCCUCAAAAUAAUUUUAUUAGAGGGAUAGAAAUCAACUGAGCUGAACAAAAAUGUCCAAAUUUGCUGAAACAAAUGUGGCACUUAUAGACGCCAUUGCAAAAUAAAUUAGCUGUGAUCAGUUUUUAACAUCUCAGGCCCCAUUGAAAUACUUAAAUGCAUCAUUUGGUGUUACCUGUUAAAAUACAUAUCAUUAUAUAUCAUGUCCUCUCCGGGUUAUGUAUGCAAUCCCCCACCCUCCCCCCACCCACCCACGUAGAACAUACGGUAGUUUUCCUGGUAAAUAAAUUAUAAAGAAACGACUCUGAAUAAACUCAGAAAAUAGGAGACUCUUCAGCAGAAUAAACCUUACUAUAUAUAAUAUAUAGUAUAAUUGUAUGUAGCCCUCCUCAUUUUUACGUGUGUACAUAUUCAUACAGUCAUCACGUAUAAACAGUAAAAACAUUACAUUACUGAGGGUUAUAAAAAAAUACUGAAAUAUAAUUCUAUUUCAUAAUAUUACUUUAACAUGAGUCUUUUCUUUGUAUUGACUAAACAAUGAACCAUAAUCAGUUUGCAGAGGUUUACAGCAAAGUUGCAAAAUUAGGCCAACGUAAAAUUUUUUUUAAAUCAAGUUGAUUCACUUUUUUAUUUAUUUUUUUUUAUUUUUUUGUGUUAAAUUUUGCAACUUUGUCAGAACACCACAAACACUUUUCUCUUUAAUAAACUCCAGAGGGAAACUGAAAUAUGUUAUUUUCGACACUUUUUCUGCUAUGUCGAGUUCUUGUAAUAUAUAUCUUUCUAGCACAGACGAAUUAAGGUUAGCACAUCUGUUUGUUUUUUUCAGGAAGUCUUUGAAAGCUGCGAAAUCUUAGUUAAAUAAAAAAAAGAUACUCAUUAAAGAUACUCAAACGCACAUGUGCACACACACAUGUUAUUAUGGAUGUAAACUGAGACGUUCUAUUGGUUUCCAUGGUGACUGCACACUAUUUAGCACUUUGCCUCAGAAUGGUACCCUUGCCUGGAUGUCUAUGACUCCCAUCUAUAAAACAGAACUUGUUUAUAUCUGGCAUAUAUACACUAUGUAAAGUGUAUUUUUAUUUCCAGGCAUACUGUAGGUUAUGCAAAAACCCUUCAGUUUACGAUUGUGCCAGGCUGUUUCUGAUCACCUCAUUGACAUGCAUGAAUACCCAAGUUAGUAGGGAAAAUACCACACAGAGCAUUUACAUCAUGUCACACUAUUUCCACACAACAUAUUUAUCUCUAAAGACAUAUACAUUGACUGAUAGUGCCAGUAAUUCAGAUUCACUACUACACGGCUCAGUGAGAUUUAGUAUUUAGUCAUCAUUUAACCUCAUUUAAUAACAUUUAACUGAAGUACAGAAGGAACCCCUAAUCUACCCACACAACCCCAGUAAAAGAAAUUCCUUUAAUGCCACAAUCACACGCUUUUAAUCAUAAUAUAAACCCCCUUCUCAUUAAAGGGAACACCCUUACAUUUAACCUGUAUUCUGUAAGGAAGACAAUGCUUUGAGAGCCGGUAAGUUACUUGCACUAACGUAAUUAACCCUUUGUUAUCCACAGUGUAGGGAUGUGACUCUAUGCAGUAUAUGGAUUUUGUAAUAAUUUGCUAUUUAAUUCAAUAGCACCAGCUAAUUACAUUAAACUAUAUUAGCCCUUAAAGGACCACUAUAGUCACCCAGACCACUUCAGCUUAAUGAAGUGGUCUGGGUGCCAGGUCCAGCUAGGGUUAACCCUUUUUUUUUAUAAACAUAGCAGUUUCUGAGAAACUGCUAUGUUUAUAAAUGGGUUAAUCCAGCCUCCAGUGGCUGCUCUCUUGACAGCCGCUAGAGGCGCUUGCGUGCUUCUCACUGUGAAAAUCACAGUGAGAAGAUGCCAGCGUCCAUAGGAAAGCAUUGUGAAUGCUUUCCUAUGGACUGGCUGAAUGCGCGCGCGGCUCCUGCUGCGCAUGUGCAUUCAGCCGAAGAGGAGGAGAAGAGGGAGGAGAGAAAGAGGUAAGUUUAACCCCUUCCUCUCCCCAGAGCCCGGCGGGAGGGGUCCCUGAGGGUGGGGGCACCCUCAGGGCACUAUAGUGCCAGGAAAACAAGGAUGUUUUCCUGGCACUAUAGUGGUCCUUUAAAGGAGACCUAUCACUUCUCUGAAAUGUAUUCUACUGAAUAAAAUAUGGAAUAUCACUGGUAACUUGUUUUAUUUUAUUUUUUAACGAGAUGCUCUGAUUAUUUUUGCAGUUGUAUUAAAAAGAUUUAGUAAAUCUGUCUGUCAUGUACAAACGAUAGAGCUUAUAUCAAUGACUCACAGGGAGAUAAAAUGAAGGCACCCAGCGGCAGGAUAAAGAGGUGUGGAUUUAUACAUGUAAUUUUAUUUUUUUAAACCUCGCUAAUACUUAUUUGAUAAAUAUAGGGAUAAGAGAGUGACUGUUCCCUUUAGGUUAUGGCAAAAUAUUGAAAACAAAAAUAACUCACAAAGUGUUCGGUGUGAAAAGAAAGCGUUUGAAAGUUCACUUAGUGAGUAGCAGCUCUAAAACACCCGUGAGGGAAUACCUUCCCUCACCCUUAAAAUACACCAAAAGUGAUUAACAGUAUAUAGUCUUGUAAUCGAUGAGUGGAGCGCUAGAGAAUAUAUAAUCGCUUACCCCUUAACACAUAAGUACACAGGUGAUGAUUUGUGGUAUAAAGUAUAGUAGAUACACUCACAAUAUUCAGAGCCUCGGGAUAAUGCUUGAUAAAGACACAGAUGUGCUCUUAUAGGCAGCACCCCGCCUUUUUGGACGGAUAUAACCUUCAGGGUAAACAACAAAUAUAAAGAUUAUGGUGCAAUAUGUCUGUAUAAAUCAUAGACCCAGAACAAAAUAUAAAAGAGACUCUUGCCUUAUCACCUUAUCUAGAGCCUUUUAAAGCCUUGGCUCUAAGGUGUUAGUGUAUCUACUAUACUUUAGUUGCACAUUUGCACUUUGGAUAGUACCAUCGGCACUAGUGUUUUUUUGUCUCUUCUUUUUCAUUUUACCCCACAUCAUGACUAGUGAUGUCGCGAACCAUUCGCGAACUUGACGCAAACGGUUUGCCGCGGUUCGCCAUGAACCGUUCGCAGCAAACUCCAGUCAGCUGACACAUCCCUGCCAAUCUCCGGCAGACCCUCCCUCCCAGACCCUACCACCUCCUGGACAGCAUCCAUGUUGAAGCUGCCUUCAACAUGGAUGCUGUCCAGGAAGUAGGAAGGUCUGGGAGGGAGGGUCUGGGAGGGAAGGUCUGCCGGAGAUUGGCAGGGAUGUGUCAGCUGACCGGAGUUCGCCGCGAACGGUUCGUGGCGAACCGUGGCGAACCGUUCGCAGCACGUUCGCGAACGGUUCGCGACAUCACUAAUCAUGACCUGUGUACUUAUGUAUUAAGGGAUAAGCGAUUAUAUGAUUAUAUAUUCUCUAGCGCCCCACUCAUCCAUUCCAAGACUAUAUCUUGUUAAUCACUUUUCGGGUAUUGCAAAAUAUGGAUUAACAGAUAACCUAGUGAAACAAAGUCCAUUAACUCCUUUUGCAAGUUCAUAUUCUUAUUCAUUGUCGAAAAAUGGUCUCUGAGUAACAGAUAAUGAGUUACUCUACAUGAAUCUGUGAUUGUUGUACACAAAAUGUUGUCAAUGUGUUGCCAGUAGAGUUGGAGAUUUGUUUCGUCCAAAUUUGGGCCGAUUGGGUGAUCAGUCAAAUUCUGAACUCCGAACCGAAAUGCACCCAAAUCACAAAUCAAUCAAAAUAUGCAAUGGACAAACAUUAAUUACUCCCAUGGCGCAAAAAAAAAAAAAAAAGAGAGAUGGUUAAGGAAAAAAAAGAUGAUAGCUAGGGGGCAGUCACGAAAAGUUGAUUUUAUUUAUAGACCAAGAAGGGAGCAACAGAGGCUAAAAAUGAAUAAUAGUUAAAAGUAAUCUUUGCUUAUAUUAAUACAUAGAUUCUUUUUUUAUUGCUCGUAAUGGUUCUCUCUAUACUGGUUAAAUCUUCUCACUUGAACUGUGAACCAAAUGGCUUAAAAUCCUAUCAGUGUACUACCAAAUAUAUACAUACAUACUGUAUAAUUAACACUGAAUGGCCUAUUUUCGCUCCCUUUUGGUUUGUCUUAUUCAGUUCCCGAUCCAGGUUUUUAGUAACGAAAUUCUGCACAGACAUUCACCAAAAUGCAGGCAUUCUGAAAAAUGUUCUAUUUUUGGGGAAAAUGGUGCAGUUGAGCCAAAUUAGCUCACCGUGCCCAAGUCUAGUUGGCAUUGGCAGUAGUAUCCUUUAAACAGAUAUAUGUACGUGUUUGUGCAUUGUAGUUUGUAUUCUGUUACAAUAUCCUUAUACAUGUAUGCGCAUGUAAGAAUUUACCUACAGAAACUAUAUUCUAUGGUAUUAUGGGUUAUCCUUAAUAAAGCUCAUGUAUGCGAAUUAGAAAUGUUAUGAUUCAUGGCUUUUUUGCAGGAUAGUUGAGCAUCACGGGAGAUGUAGUUUAUAUGUAGCUGCUGUGCCAAGACUAUCCAUUGUGGUAUUAGUGCUAUGAUAAUCAACUGAAAUAGAAAAUUCUCAGAUUAAAUGAAAGACAAUAGUCAGAGAAAAUUGUACAGAAAACAAGACUCUUUGUUGACGAGGAUAGUAUCUAAUACAUUGUGUAUGAAAAUGUGAAUAACUAUCUAUCUAUCAUAUAUCUGUAAGAAAAAUGCAAAAGUGCAAAAAGAAAAGAAAUAUCACCGUUCAUUUUAUUGGACUCCAUGGAGACGUUUAACAAAAUUUAAUAAAAGUUUUGUCAGUAUCCUAAGGGUUGACAAUGCGGUAUAUUUAAUAAAUCAUAAUUUACCAUUGUUCACAUUAUAUUUAAAACAUAUAUCGAUUUUCACUUGGGCAUGCUAUAGUAUUUUACAUUGAAGGAGUCAUUGAAAUAUCCCCAUUUUACAUGCAUUUAUUUACAUUUAUAUGAACUGAUAUUAAUGCAUAGCUUAUUUGCAAACAUUUAUGUAUGUAGACCCUAUUUGUAUUUGUUUAAUUUCAGGGAUGGAAUUGGAGAUGAUUACAAAACUCAAAUAUAAUUUAAAAAUCAUUUUUCUGCUUGUGAGUGAUUGCCAACUAUAAAUAGCGAUUGUCCCUGUGUACACAAAUGUAUAUAUUUUUUUAAAAUCAUUUUAAACAAUACAAUACAUUCAAUACAUUAAUACAAAAGUAAGUCAGUUAUUAUUAUUACAGAGAGUAUCCCAUCUGUUUUAAACAUUUACUAAUAUUUACUGUUUUAGACAUAAUCGGUUGGCGGUAUAUUCUCAACCAUGUUUUUUUUUUUUUAUUAUUCCAAAACAUACUUCUAAGUUCCCUUAACCAGCAUUACAUUAAUAAUCUAAGGCAUAUUUAUUUAUUUAUAUAUAUAUAUAUAUAUUUUUUUUUUUCUCCUUUUUGUUUUUGAAUUUUUUUUCCCAACUUAUUCUAUUUUUCAUAUAAUGACUGUAUCCCCUCUUUAAAUUGAGAUCAUUGAAAAGCAAAACAAAAAAAAGAGAGACUGGAUUAAGCAGAAUAUUUUACAACAUAAUAUAGUUUAAUAUGGAUUAAGGUGUGUGUGUCCUGUUCAUGUGUGUAUUAAAUAGGUAAAGAGAGUAGAAUCGUCCAAAAAUGGGUACAUUGUCGUUGUGGCAGGCCUGUGCAAUGUAUGAUCAUAUACUGUAACUAAAUUUCUAUACAUUUCUGCCUACGUCAAGUGUUUUAAAAAACGAUUUAACUUUGUAAGCUUUGAAACUGGAGUUUAGUUCAGUGAGUGGGCUGGAUUCUGAAUGUUGUAUAAAUUGGUCGCAGCAGCACCCUAUAAUGUAUAAAUGUUUAAGUGAAUGCUGCCUUCCUGGUUUCAUGUACAUAAAUACGUAUAUGUGUACCUUGAAUCACUUUAAAUGCAAUUAAAGACAGCAUGAGAGAUGAAAGAGGUAGAUAGAGGUAGACAUCUCUCAAUAUAUUGAUUGAAAUUGAGCCUCUAUUUUUUUUAUUUUAUUUUUUACAAACCAUCGCACAAUAGUUGCAGUGGGUUUUCUUAAAGUUAUUGGGAGGAUUAUAUUAAACAAUUGGGUUAAUACUAAACAUUUUAAUGAACUAAACUCAAUGAUUUUGGAUGUCCUAUUGUUUGUCCCAUAUUUACAAUGAAUUUUAUUCAGUAAACGGAGAAUGGCGGAGAAGUGACAAGGAAACUGCAAAUUUUCAGCCAAAAUAUCUGUACAGUAAACAUUUACUUUUGUUAAUUCUCUACAAAUGCAAGUUUAUGGAUGCAAUAAUCAAGUCUCAAUUUUUCGGCUAGUUUCCUUUUUGCCCUCCGCUUGAUAUUUGAUUUAAAAAUAUGAUGCAACACACAGCACUGUGUACAGAUGAGAAGUUAGAAAUACACCUACAAUUUACAGUUAAAUAUUUUUCCUAUUUUUCCUGUCUUAUAAAUUGAUUCAUUCUACACAAAAUAUUAAGUACUAAUGACAUGAAUCAAGGUAGGAGCAAGAACAUGUGAUGAAAUAAAAGACUUCUAUGCCGUGGGAUCUCAAAUACUCUGUUGACUUCAGCCCACUCACUUUUAGACAUAUAUUUUUUUCAUUUUUUCACUGGUAGGCGCAAAUCUGUCUCAAAAGGAAAUUUUUGUUGGCACAUUUUUACAUACACUUUAACAGAUCAGAAUAUUAACGCAAAACUCAUACCUCAAGGGAUAGCUGUAUAUUUGUUCAAAUAAUAUCAUUGUCAAUAUUGACAGAAUCUUAUGAAUAUUGUCUUAGCAUUUAUUAGUGUACAGUAGCCCAAAAUAGACAAAUAUAAAUCUAUAUGUUUACUUUCUUCUUAACAGACUGACCUUCUCAUGGGGUGGGGACAAUAGGUCCAUCCCCUUGUAAUUUAGCACCCCAAACCACCGCCAAUGGUGGCGUCUGGGGGGACGGAAACUGUGUAGACCUAACAAUGAUAAUUUUAGCUUUGUAGACCUAGCAAAGAUAAUUUUAGAACACUCCCAAUUAGCUUGGAGUAUAAUGGUGUCAGAGAUAAUGAAAUAAUAAUGUAUUUUAGUACUCAAUCUUUAAUUUAGUUAACAUAUCCAUAUAAUAUUUUUUUUUGACUGUAGUAUCUUUGGAGAAAAUAGAAAUUCUUGCGGCCAAGUUUAGAAUCGGCAUCUCUCCAGUUUAAUGAGGGGGUUUAUUUUUAGAUACAGCAAUACUGCUGAAUUCCUCAUAUUUUUCAGUAUAAAUAUAAAUAAAUAUUUUUGAACGCUGUUUUAUUAAUGAAAUUCGCCGCAAGAUCAUGUUUAUAAGCUAUGUCUCUCUGACUUACUUCAGAAUUUAUGCUUUUCAUUAGAGCCCCACCAACAAGUUCCAGAUAUUUUUUAUUAUACUAUUAGAAAGAUGCUUAAUAAUAUAAAUAUUUCACUGACAGACCCAAGGCUGAAAACUCUAGCUUUUUAAUAAUGUAAAUAAUGGUAGAGUAGAUUUGUUCAUAUGUAUAUGAUACAAUAGGCCAAUUAGAUGUUUAUAUGGAAGUCAGGGAAUAUAUGUGUUGGGAUUAUAUCAGCAGAGACGUUUGACACAUAUCUCUAUGCAAGAUAAUAAAUGCAGUAAAUGAGCAUUUGAGUGUAUUAAAUUCCCAUUCUCACAUCAAGAUCAAUGCUAAAAUUUUAAAUGGAACCUGUCAAUCAACUGUAGUACAAAAGUCACCAAAAAAAUAAUAAAGAAUAAAACUAUUUAAGCAGAAGUUACAUUUGCACAAUAGUAACCUGAAUUAUACUGGUCAAUGUGAAAUUGGACUAGACAGAAAAAAGGGGCAUAUGCAUGAAGGAUAUAUAAGAGAUAAAAUGAUUUAUGGCACUUUUUUUUUUUUUGCUUAUGUGGAACGAAUACCAAAUUCAUAUUGAACCCAUUUCUUCCACAGUGAUAUAAGUAUAGAGCAUGAGUUUAAUUUAACAUUUUCAAAUUUCAUUUUUGUUUCUCCAAAUUUCAGAUCUUGUUAAACAUUUUCAACUGCAAAUAGUUUAAGUUUUCUUGUAUAGCUGAACUUGCACUUUUGAAGUCUUUAAGUAAUUUUUAAAAUAAAAUGAAAAACUUUUGUUCAUGCAAUAAAGGACAGUCAAACUAAGACAGACAGGAGAUAACAAAAUGGUUUCUGGGAGUUGGAGGGCUUUGGGGGCUAAAAAAAAAACAGAUGUGGGACUCUUCAACCCCAGAUCUACAGGUAGUAGAGUAGUAAAGGGAUAAUAGGUGGAUAAUAGCGUUUUUACAUUUUUAAAAUUUUUAUUAUUUAUUAUAAACUAUUUUGCGCAAGACAGUCAACUGAUAAAGAACGAAAUAUCACCAAUAUAUUAAUGUAAUGGUCUGGAGUGGCUGCUUGGGAACAUAACUUUGUGCGUGCUCUUAAUAUUUUAAUAUUUUUGGUUAGCUUUCCAAAUUAUUUAAUAUUUUGAAAAAUCAUUUAAAAAGCUUAUACAAAAAUACAAAUUAAUUUUAAAAGCUUGUUUCUGGCUAAACUUCUACUGACAUCCAGGAGAGCAUAAGCAGCAUGCUGUGCAUAGACAGAGACACAGACAGCAGUGAUAUGUAAUGACAUAUCCCACGUAUCUAUUAGAGUAAGGGUUACGGAGUAUUGUUUUUGGCUACAAAUGUCCCUGAGGACUAAGAUGCAUUUUUGGGAGAGGUCAAUUGCUCUUGGACCACAAGCAUACAAGAGCGAUAGUCUCAUACAAUUCUGCAAAUGAAAAUAGCAAGAGUUGGCUUUGGAUGUGUGUUGGUAGAGAGCAACAGGGGUGAGGCAGUUUCCAGUAUUUGUGCAAAUCCUAUUCUAGUCCAGCACUGUGUGGGUUUGGGCAUAGGCUAUUGGACUCCAAUCUCAAUGUUCACCAGGACUGGAUUGGACCACUAAUACAUUCCCAGUGGACUACAGUAUCUGGGUUUGAUCAAGAAGCCAAAUUGAGGCAUGCUACCUAGAUCCAAUUCCCUCGCAUCUCAUACCGUACUCUGUAUUUCUCUUUCUCCACCUCUCACUAAAAUUCUCAAUCUCUUUCUCUCCUAUGGCAUAUUUCCAUUGCCCUUCAAACAUGCAUCUGUAACCCCAAUUUUAAAGAAGCCCAACCUUGACCCUAAUUACCUAUCCAACUACCUUCCUAUCUUGCUACUGCCUUUUGCAUUCAAGAUCCUUGAAAGAACUGUGUAUGCGAGAUUGACAGACUUCCUCGGGUCCAACUCUCUGCUAGACCCGCAUCAGUAUGGUUUCCGCACUAAGCACUCUGUGGAAAUGGCACUGACCAAAGUAUCCAGUGAUCUACUCACUGCAAAAUCUCGUGAUCAUUACUCUAUCCUAAUUCUCCUUGACCUGUCUGUGGCUUUUGACACUGUUGAUCAUCAACAGCUUCUUCUUCUCCUCCGUAAUAUCGGUCUACAAGAUAUUGCUCUUUCCUGGUGCUCCUCCUAACUCUCCCAGCGCUCUUUCAGUGUUUCUUUCUCUGUCUCUGUUUCUUCUCCCCAACUCCUCUCUGUUGGUGUCCCCCAAGGUUCAGUCCUUGGUCCCCUACUGUUCUCCAUCUAUACUGCCUCCCUUGGUAAACUCAUUAGCUCCUUUGGUUUCCAAUAUCAUUUCUAUGCAGAUGACACGCAGAUCUACCUGUCUUCUCCUGAUCUCUCCCCAUCAAUCUUGACUAGUGUCUCUGACUGACUCUCUGCUAUUUCUAACUGGAAGGCUGCCCACUUCCUUAAACUAAACUUGACAAAAACUGAAAUUCAGGUCUUUCCUCCCUCAACUGUUGUUACUCCUGUGUCUGUCUCUCUCCAAGUCAAUGGUGCUACCAUCAGCUCCAUCACGCAGGCUCACUGCCCAGGUGUUCUCUUUGACUCCGACCUCUCCUUCAAGUCUCAUGUUCAGUCUAUCACCAAAUCCUGUUGUUUCCAUCUCAAAAGCAUUGCGCGCAUCUGCCCCUUCUUAACGCCAGAUGUGACUAAGGUGCUGGUCCAUACCACUGUCCUUACUCGCCUUGACUACUGUAAUCCUCUUCUCAGUGGUCUUACGUACUUCCAACUUGCGCCAUUACAGUCCAUAAUGAAUGCGGGGACAAGGCUCAUCUUCCUGUCUGCCCGCACCUCCCACGCCUCACCCUUCUGUCAGUCCCUACAUUGGCUUCCUGUAAGAUAUGAGGCUCAAUUUAAAAUUCUGGUUUUUGCCUUCCACUCUCCACAUAAUGCUGCUCCCACCUAUCUGUCCUCCCUUAUAAACAAGUAUCUGAAAAAAGUUAUAUAUUUUUUUUAUUUGUAAACCACCAUGUACACUAUGCAUAUAUCAUAUGAAAAUAAAUUAAUUUGACAAUUCUAAUGGUUCAGCCAUUUACAUUUUAAUAAAAUUAACAAUAUAAAUAUUGUGUCUCAUGAAUCUGAGCAUUAUUGUAGAAAUCCCAAAGGGCAGUGGACACACUAAAAGUCCUUCCAGACAGUAGGUCGGUAAAUUUAACACACUAAAGGAAUUCAAGAAUUACUUUAUUGGCCAACUGACUCUUCGCAUUCUGUAUGCUUUAAUAUAUGGUAAGUUCAAAUCUCUGUCAAAAUCAGAUCUAUUUAAUUUUUUCCCAUACAAAAAAAAUAUAUAAAUAGAAGUGUGUUUAUUUGCUUGAUUUUUAUUGUUGGCCAAACAAUUUCUGCUUUUUCUGUACUGUUUCCUCCCCCUCACUUAACAUCAAGUGGAGUACGCACAAACGUUUGGUUUCCGCAGUACAUGACCACACUUACAUAAUGUGCUGUGGCCACUUUAAUGACAGGUGGGAGGACAGUAAAUGAAACUUGGGCAGAGAAUAGACAAGACAUCCAACGCAUGAGGUUUGUUUAACCAUCUUUGUAUCUAAGAGUUUAAAAUUACAAAGAAUUUGCAAAAAUGUCAGGUUAUUUACUACCUUAGCCUAGACCAUCAAAUUUUCUUUUGCACAAAAAACCUUACAACAAAAUUAAAAUGGUUCUUAAAAUAUUUAAAUUGUAAAGUUAUUAUAAAUGAUUUGUUUAAUUCAAUUCUAGCUAUGGAUUUUGUAAUGAAAAUUAUGUUUUUUCAAUCGCUCUACAUGUACAAGGUGCAUUUUUAGGUCAAGUUAUAAUACUAGUUUGGCUAUUGGAAAUGUAAUUAAACUUAAGUGAACCUGCUCAUGUUUUGAAUUCUUCAGAUCUAAUUCUUAGGCUUCUGUUACUCAGUUUAAAGCAAAUUGCGGAGAAAUGAAAAACAUAUUUGCAACAUGGCGAAAGAGCUUAGAUGGAAACGUUCUCAGUCUCUCUAAUAUUACAAAACUGGGUAUUUUGGUCCAAAUUUUGCAAAUGUAGUUCAAUCAUUAGUAAAGGAUAAGUACUGCCAUGCUUUUGUAUUUUCAAAUCAAGAACAAUCUUACCUAUCUGUUCAUCACCUGUGUAUAAAUAUUAGCAAUACGAAAAUGUAAAAAAUUUUUUUAAUUCAUUUAAUCUUGUUUUUAACUAUGCAUUGUAUUACACCUAAUGCAAUUAUUACAUCAUUUUAUUUUGUAUAUAUGUUUGGUUAAUUGAGGUCUUUUUUCUAUAAAAAUAUAUAUGGAUAGCAAUUUGUUUACAAAAUUUAGGCCAAUUUUGAUUUUGAAAAAAAAAAAACAACUAACUCCGAUACUAACAAAAGUGAAAUAUUUAAAUAUUAUAAAAAUAUUAGUGAUUUUUCUAGGAGAGUAGAUUUCUCCAGCCCUCCUUCCUAAUUGACAUUGAUAGACGGCCGGCCAUAAGGCUUAAUAUGGAGACCUGUUGCAUGGCAUUAAAUGAGGGAUUUAUUGGAACAAAAUAAGGGCAUAUCUGACAUAAAGUGAGGGGAGGACAGCAUUAUGGUAAGGGACUUUGGAAUGAUGGGAACGGUCUGUCCGCCUAAAAGUUGUAUUGCCUUACACUUUUGACCAUGAAUUGCAGAAAGGAAAUGUGGUGUUUAGUUAGCUAGGGGUCCGCUAAAUUACUAGAGCCUUCUGCUAAAUUACUAGAGCUUGUGUAUUUGCAUAUAAUAUUCAAGUAUUGCAAAAGGGUUCCCUUGAGAAGGAGUCACUUAUUCUUGAUCUGAUUGUGAACAUAAUAAGUCACGGCAAAAAGGCUUUUGUAAUAUAUAUAUAUUUUAAGUAUGUAUGUAUAUAUAUAUAUAUAUAUACUUAUGUAUGUUUUAUUUUACCGUGUAAUUAAAUAUUUUUAAUAUUUUAAUAUUAUUGUGUAACAAGUGUUUGAAUUUUUUCUUUUUUUUCAUUCAUUUCAUUGUCUAAAAUUCGAUAAGGAUGGCACAUACUGCUUUUGUAAAUUCAUCAUAAAAUAGUUCCCACGUUAUUAAUUUUUUUUAGUAAUGUCUUUGAUGGUUAGUAGAAUGCCUUUUAUUACGGCAAAAUAUGUGUCUAUGAUCAUCUCUUUCCUGCAGCUUAGGUACAGUGCAAUAUGGUGCAUUAUUCUCCCUCAAUGAAGAUGUCUGAUAGACAACAGAUUGCAACAUUACAUCAAACAUUUAACAGAACAUACAAUACAAUCUUCUUAAUAUGAGAUAGUUGCUGUAAUGUAAGCACAAAUAAAAUUAGAAUUCACUUAUUGUUUCCAGGUGCACAUUGGGGCACAUGAAAAAAACAAACAAAAAAAGCAUGUAAUUAAAAUACUUUUAAAAAAAAUGAAAGAUCAGUAACAUAAAAAAAUGUAUUCUUCUUAAGUAUCUAAAGUUAUAAAAAAUUUAAAAAAAAGUUCACAGUUAACUAAAUGCAGUAUUGUAAGAAGGUAUAACAGACCCAUCCUUUCUGAAAUUGUCAAGAAUUAAAGACUGCAACAAGAAACAAUAUGGUUGUUGGAUGUUGAUUGCUCAACUUUUAGAACUUUGGGAAACAAUUGCUCUUUAGUAAGAAAAGCAACAUAGAGAGUUGACUCGUCCUACUAGCUCAUUAGCUUAUAUCACUUACGGUCAGGUAUAAAAAUACGUAUUUAUUUAAUUCCAUUAAAAUCAGUAAAAAGUUAAAACUCACAAAUUAGAUGAAGACGCAGGAGUAGCAUUCACAAUCUAACACAAUUCACCACGAAGACUUAUUCAUAGAUGAUUAAGCUUAUUAUCUAAAUGUAGGCCUUCCUGGUAAAAACGUGUUAGACUGUGACUAUCUUCAUAUCUACUGGAAAGUGAUUUAUGUUAAUGGGAUUGUAGUGUGCGACAACUUCCUCUUUGUAUUUACGUUUAACAGCAGCUUGAAAUGACAGUAUGUUACUUGUUAUGUGCAUCUUUCCUUAUAGUUAUGGUAAAUUUAUUUUAUUGAGAUUAAUAUGUUCCGUAUAACAAUGCAUGUUAAUCAAUACAUUGAAAUAUAUUGCCAAUAGUACUAGCAGGUACCAUAAGCGGUUCUACCUUUUGGAUUAGUAAAUUCAGAAUAAACGUAACGAUAAGCAACGGAAUAUAGUUUCCUUUUAUUAAAUCGCUAUGCUCCUCUAAUAGUGCCUAGAACAGUUCCAAAACGUGUAUUCAAGUUUAUUAAUAACUUCAAAAGUCCUCUAAGUCAAAGUCAAAAUACCUACGGCCUAGUAGCUGCAAAGCACCGAGGCCUAGUAAGGUCAAGGUGCCACUUUGGAAUGUUGCUGGUUACAUUUCAUAAUUUAGCACUAGGGUUUACAGACAGGGGCCUACCUCGCACCGGUACUGAACAUUAUACAUUUCUGUCACGAAAUAAGCUGCUUUUCAAAGCAGAAUACAUUUUAAAUUUUUUUAAUUUUGUUACUAAAUUACUUAACCUACAAAUCAUUUUCUUAUAGAACUCCUAAGUAAUUUUUAUUACUUAUUAAUACUAAGUAAUUUCUUGUUUGUAUUGUCUCGUAGAUUCUUGUUAGUACUUUGAGAAGUGCUGUGAUUUAUAUAUCGGUAUGGGGAGCUUGCCCAGCAAGAAAAGCUAUACUACUAUAACAGCAAGUAUAUCCAACCUACAGGCAAAUCACUUAGGUAAGAAUUGUAUCUCUCCCAGGUUGUACAUGGUGCAAAGUAAUGAGUGAAUAUUUUCUUUUUGAGAUUAUUUUUGUUUUAUUCUGACACUGUUCCACUAUUCCAUUGUUGUUCCCCAUUAUUGUAUAAGUAAAAGUUUGUUAAAUUACUUUUGGACUUCUCACAGUACUUUGUUGUACUGAUGUUGUGAAAGAGAUAAAGUAAUGUUGCUAUAUUAUUGCAAGUCUUUAGAAAUAUAAAUUUACCCUGGGAUAUUUUUUUACCUUGGAUAUUCUUGAAUGAAUAUCAUAGCUUAAACAGGUCACUUUUUAUGUUUUUGAUUUCAACAAUAACUGUUUCUACCAUUGUCUUAAUAUCCGGUUUCCAUGUGAUGUGUCCUUUCUAUAAAGUCCCAGUAAUCGGUUAAUUCGUAGUGGCUGUAAGGGACAUUUAUAAGUUACAUAUAUCCACCAUAAUAUUGACACACAAAAAAAAUAAAAAAUGGAAAAGCACAUUUUCCCAGUAUGGGUUAUUUAAAAAAAAAAAAAACAAUACUAAUCUAUAUCAAAUAAUCAUUUCUGCUCCUGAAAAUAAAUCCCGAAUUGGUACAAGUAAUGUACCAAAAUGGUGAGAAGGUAAUUUAAAAUUAAAGUCCCGAACAACUACAACUUUUUGUUGCAUUUAUGAUGCGAAGAUUCUGUGGAUGUUAUCUUCCGGACUAGUGUCAACCCAUUUUGAGUUUGAUAAAACAAUGGAACUCUUCCAGCACCUAAAUUAUGGCCCGCCUGCUGUGGUUUGGCUAAUGUGGAAGUGAAAUUCUGCAUUGGCCAUCCUACAUGGCACUUCAGAAUAUAAUUGCAAAAGUUGAACGUCUGAUACAGAAUGUAAUUUCUACGCGGGGUGAAUUACAGUAGAGGAGCCGAUAUUUAGGUCCAGGUCAAGAAUGGGUCAAAACUAACUAGAGAGACUCUUUGAACGAUAACAACAAUUGUGAUUAUGGUGUGUAGAGUGCCUCUUUUAGGUUAUUUUAAGUUCAAGGUCCUCCUAUAGUAAUCUAUAAAUACAGUGUGUGUUGUACGUUCUAUUUUAUUGACAGUAUAAUUACUGUAUCUCUCCUCUAACGUAUACCUGUAAAGUUCUAAAUACAACUCAACAAAGUUUCUUUCCAUAUAAUUAUAUCUACAACAUAAACAAGAAAGAGAUGAGAGUCAUUUUAGAUCAUAAUUUUGGAAUUUAUAUUCUAUUGAACCUAAUUAUAAACAAUACAGUAAACAGGUUUGCAAUAAAAUACAUCUCAACAUUUUAUAUAGUAUAUUACUUUCUGAGUAAAUAAAUUAUUACGCAUUUUAUACUGUGUGUACAUGUUGUUGUAUUUUUUUUUUAUGCUCUGUUUAGUGACCAUCUUCUUAUACAGAAGAUGUGUUGCUCCACUGCGCAAAUAAACUCACCUUUUCCUACACUCGUAAGAAAACAGAGUGAAAUGCAAAUUGGAGACACAGAAUCCACCGAGGGAAUACAUACAGGCGCUUUUGAUAUGAGUAGCUGUGGUUUCUGCUCUUUGAUAUUGAAGGAAAGUCUUACAAAAACAUUUAUUAGAAAAGAAUCACUAUAGUAUAGAAAGUGUGUUUCCAGCAUGUGAUGUAAAUCCUUAUUUUGAACAUCAGACACCUACUUAGAGAUGACAUUUUUUUAAUUGUCACCUCUGUCACUGGGUUAAUACACCUCCGUAAACGUGUGACGUCUCUUUUAAAGUCAUCUCAUGCGUUUUUAUUAUUAUAUUUAAUUAUUCCUGCAUGUAAGAAAUAUGUAUUGUGAGGUGUGAAAUAUGAACGUGAAAUGUAGAAAUCUGCCUUGGUUUUGCCCUGUCUGAACUGAAUUAUGAUGUUAUUUAAUGAGUCUGUAAUAAAAAGUUUAAAGAAAUUGGAGCAUUUUAUAAAAAUUUUAAUACAAUUUAUAGGUGAUUUUUAAUGUUUUAUCCAAUGGCAUAAAUUCCAGAAAAGAGAGAGUUUCACCUUAAACAUCAUUAAACAUUCCGUGGCCUGUUAACAAAGGCAUAUUUGUCAUAUUUAUUCAUGCAAAUCUUCCUUCUAAAUAAAUACAUUACUGUAGGGAUUUUAAGCAUGCGUGGGAUAGGCAUAAGGCUAUCUUAGACUUAAGAUUAGGCCAGGGACUAAUUAAGUAUUUUGAAAAUUGGGCAGACUAGAUGGGCCAAAUGGUUCUUAUCUGCUGUCACAUUCUAUGUUUCUAUUCUAAGAAGUCUCUUUUUACCUGGAUAUUUGGGGCUAAACAAGAUAUUGACAUUGAUUUAGAGUGCAGAAAAAAAAAGUAUUGAAGGAAAACCCUAAUUACCAUAGACCAGGAGGCCAGGAGUGCCCAAAAGAAAUAUAUCCACAUAUGUUGUAAAACUACAACUCCCAUGAUGCAAAGCAUGCCUUUAGAAUUCCUUCAGAAUGAUCAAGCAUCAUGGAAGUUGUAGUUCUAAAACAUCUGGGGAUCUACGUGGGCUCUCCUGCCAUAGGCUAUACUGAUUAUUGUAGCGUUAUUGAAUCUUGCGGUGCAGCCAAAAGCCUAGUUUACCAUAACUUCCAAGUUAUUUAUGUUUUUAGUUCAGCUCUUUUAGACCAUUAUGUAAAAUAUACCAUGAAUUUACUCUGAAUUCCAAGCAAUUCAGGCUUUUCUAAAAACCCUACAUUUGAAGCUUUACUUUCCCAUUAUUUAUAUAAAUAUACCCUAAUUUGCCCACCAUUGGCAGGUUGUAAGUUCUUCGGUUGGUUUAGACCAGCACUUGUAGCCUAUCAUUGCCAUCUAAAUUUUGACGGAUCUACAGAAAUUAAAGGUAAUUUGUUAUUAGAUUUGUCCCACCUGUGGAAAAUUAUCUUAAAUGAUUAAAAUCACUGCUCAUAUAAAUGGGAAUUUUGGUUUGCAUAAAACGAUAUUUGCGUCUCAACUAUAUUCUUAACAAAUUACCUCUAUAUAAAACUUUUAUCUUUCGUUUUACUGAUAAAGCCUGAUUAAAUAUUUAAACAUUUUGCAAUAUUGUCUCUCUAGUGGACAUAUUACACUUGCAUCUGCCCAAAGAAAUAAGUAAUUAUAAUAUAGCUAGCACUGAAAUUACAUUUGCUUUUAUAAAUCCAGAUCUAUUGGCAUAUUUUACACGUUGACCUUAUUGUAUGCCUAUUUCACAAUGUGUUGUUUUUCUCUUUAGCUACAGCAGCAUAUGUACCAGGACCGGUAGAGGACAAGUGUGUCUUUGUGGCUUUGUACAAUUUUCCACUUGGUGGUCAACCAGGUUUCACAGUUCGUGUCGGAGAGCAACUGCACCUACUUUCUGAGUGAGUGACCACAAACUUGUUUUUGUUUUUUUAAAUUGUAGUGGAAGAACAUUAAGAAUAAGAGUAUUGGCUCUUAUUAACUGAUGCCAGUCAUAUAAGAUGCCUUGCCAUACUCCUACACUUUUUAUGAACCAGAUGGAAUAUUUUUAAAGGCACAUACAGGUGCUAUUCUUGGGCAAAAUGCUAAAUAAGGAGCAAUCGCCAUGGAAACAAUAGAAUAUCUCUCAACAUUUAGCUUUUUGUACACACAAUAGCACCAGUUUUUCUUGAUAAAUGUAGACCAAUAUCAGUCCAGGAUAAUUUUACAAAAAUGAUAAUUUAAAUUAGAAAGAAAGGCUGGUGCCUUUGAAUAAACAUCUGAUUGCAAAUGAAUUCAUUUUUUCAUGUAGGCUGUGUCAUUCACAGUCAGGGCAAGAGAUGUGGCUAGAGCUAUGUAAACAGAAACACAAGUGAUUUAACUUCUAAAUAGCAGAUAAUUGAGCAGUGAGACUGCAGGGGCAUGAUCUAUGCACUAUAACGGCUUCAUUAAGCUAAAGUUGUUUGGGUGAUUGCAGUGUCCCUUUAAUGGAAUUAAAUUGUGAAAUUGUCUCACAGUCCUAAUCAAUCAUGCACAAGUUCCUACAAAGGAAAAAUUUGAUAUUUUGUUCUGAUCUAUCCCUGUUUCUGAGAAGAUACCGAUUAUCUCUUGGAUUUUAAGUCACAGGGUCAGCCUUUAUUUUCUUCUAAAAAUAUAUUUUUCUUACUGAUCAAAUGUUUUUUUUUUAUCAUGUUUUUUUUUUUUUCACCAUUAAGUACAAUUUUAAUCUCUUUAUCUAAAUCUUGUAUUUUCCAGGGAUGGUGACUGGUGGAAGGUGGCAUCGAUUUCCACUGGCAAAGAAUGUUACAUGCCCAAAAAAAACAUUGCCAAAGUAUACAACAGGUAAGUUUAAAAUAAUCAGUAAAAUAAGGGUCUAAAAUAUAUAAAUAUAUAAUAAGAACAUAUACAUAAAUAGAAGUAUUAUAAAAUAUUGAAAUAAAAUAAGUGGUUGGCAAUAGUCCAAAAAAGUUUAAAAUAAUACUACAUUAAUGAAUGCAAAAUAAAUCAAAAUGAAUGGUCCAAAUAUUUGAAUAGCAGUAGCACAAGACUAAAUUAUCUCUGCACCUUUUUAUCUUUUACCCUUCUUUUGUAAUUUAAGAAUUACUGCUGCUCAAACCAGAAUGAUGGUGAAACUCUGCCCAUGUCUAUCUGUGAUGGAAUUCACACUUUAGUAGCAUUAGAUCCAUUAACCAAACUAUAAGUUGAUGGAAGAUAGCUGUAGAAUAGAAGAUCAUGAUUUGAUUUUGCGAUGCAUUAAGACAGACGCAUACUUCAGGGUUGUAUUAUUUCAAAUACUGGAAUAUGUAUUGUUUAUAGUCAACCUAUGUCACAAAGUAUACAUCAAAAUAUCAGGCUGAAACAUUUUUUAAUAUAAAUCAAUUCACCAUCAAAUAUUUCAUAAUGAAAAUAAUAAUUAAACGUAUAUUUUUUUUUAAAUUCCAGCAAACUUAAAUACAUAACUACAUACCUGCAUGCAUAAUUGCCACCGGUGGUUUUCCAUAGGUUAAUAUGUGCUGUGACUAAUAUCAGCUUAAAAUAUUAUUUCAAAUGUAACUGCUCACGGAUCCUCAUUUUCCAAGACGUAAAAGUAGAUGUGGUUUUUUUAUGCAUAUUGUGCCUUGGCAAAAAACGUAAAUGAAGUGUUUCCAUUCCCCCAUUUGUAGCCUUAAAAUAGUCAUAUACACAGCAAGCCCAAAACAGGAAUCAAAACUAAAAUGUUCUAAAUAACUAGGAACAAAUAUGAAACUGAACAAAGGUGAAAACUCCCAGUACAGACAUUAAGUUUUUAUUUACAGCCAGUAACUUGUUCCGUAUUCAUAUACUGUAACCACCGAUGGUCUGCUUGACCCUCAGAGUUUUGGGGUCUAAAGAGGGCCUACCACAAAUGGGAAUACAUACAAAAGUUUGACUCUUACCAAGUUGUUCCCUGAAGUGUGAACUGUUUAGAAUUCAAAAUGGAAUUUCAAAUCUUAGGCCAAAACAGAUCAACUUAAAGCAAACUAUGAAAACGCCACAGAAAGACACAUUUAGAAUGUUCCCUAGAGAGAUUAUUAUAUAUUAUAUAUUAUAAUGGAAGAUGGCCUAUAUUCAGAAUUUUAGGCAAAAUAACAAAACGAAAAACAUUCAAAAACAUUAUUGAUUUCCCAACACAUAUAUUAAAAAUUUGCAAAUGAGUUCAUUCUGAACAUUUCAUUGUAUAGUGAGUAACGCUUUUGAUAUAUACAUAUAAAGAUAGAUGAUCAAGAUAGCACCCCCAGGACUUAGAUUACUGGGAGUGCUAUCUUGAUCAUCUAUCUUUGUAUUUUUGCCUGACAAGCACCGGGUAAGUAUAUUUUAUAUUUCAUGGAGUGCAGGAUUAUUUUUUCUUUUUAUAUAUAUAUAUGUAUAUAUACACACAAAAUAAAUCAAAUUGCAUGUUUAGUUUUAUAAGAAUGUUGUUGUUUUUUUUACUGUGUAUCUAUUAAGAAAUAAUACAGAAUCUUAAUCACAAGUUCCCUGCUUUAUUUUUGUUAGCUGGCUUUAUAGUGGUAUAAAUCGGGAAAAAGCUGAAGAAUUGCUAAUGCUAAAUGGCAACCGCGUUGGUUCCUUUUUGAUACGAGAAAGCGAAACUAGAAAAGGUAAGUUACUGAAUGACUAAUUGCAUUAUACUAGGGCAUGAAAUGGAGGACUAGAUGGAGGGAUGGAGAAAGGGCUGGAUUGAUUGCUGGAGGGAGGAAGCAUUGGAAUGAUUAAUGGAUGGAUGAAUGGAGGGAGGGAGGGAGGGAGGAAGGGUUGGAUGGAUGAUUGGAUGGAGGGAGGAAGGGUUGGAUGGAUGGAUGGAUUGAUGGAGGAAGGGUUGGAUGGCUGGAUGGAGGGAGGAAGGGUUGGAAUGAUGGAGAAAGGGUUGGAUGGAUGGAUUGAUGGAGGAAGAGUUGGAAUGAUGGAUAGAUGGAUGGUGGAUUGUUGGAGGAAGGGUUGGAAUGUUGGAAUGAUGAAUGGCUGGAUGGAUUGAUGGAGGAAGGGUUGGAAUGAUAGAUGGAUGGAUUGAUGGAGGAAGAGUUGGUAUGAUGGAUUGAUUGUUGAAGGAAGGGUUGGAAUGAUGGAUGGAUGGAUGGAUUGAUGGAGGAAGGGUUGGAAUGAUGGAUGGAUGGAUUGAUGGAGGAAGGGUUGGAAUGAUGGAUGGAUUAAUAGAGGAAGGGUUGGAAUGAUGGAUGGAUGGAUUUAUGGAGGAAGGGUUGGAAUGAUGGAUGGAUUGAUGGAGGAAGGGUUGGAAUGAUGGAUGGAUUGAUGGAGGAAGGGUUGUAAUGAUGGAUGGAUGGAUGGAUUAAUGGAGGAAGGGUUGGAAUGAUGGAUGGAUGAAUGGAUGGAUUGAUGGAGGAAGGGUUGAAUGCUUCUUCUCCAGUGACUAAACUCUGUCUAUAUUAAAUUGCAAGAUUUAAACCCAUUUUAAGUCAUAUAAUCUAGCCCUGAACACACAUAUAUCUGAUUUAGAUAAUUACUGGAGAUCUAGACUAUACAGAACAAGUCACCACAGUCCGAAUUGCCAGCUGGCACUGACGUGUGUUAUACAGCAGUAGGGAAUCAAAGGAUAAUGUGCCAGGACAUCAGUGCAACUUAUUUUUUAGGUUGAGGUUGACCAUUUUAUAAAAAAAAAAAAAAAUAUAUAUAUAUAUAUAUAUAUAUAUAUAUAUAUAAACAGUAAGGGCAGGGAGACACAAAUAUUUUGCCUAAUAUGAGCGGAUUUUGAGCUGUGAUAAUAUAUGCCACCCACAUCUUUCCUGUACUACACAGCAUAAACAUUGCGAUGAGACUAUUUUUUUGUAUUGUCCAGUCUGUUUUAUUUGACUGCAACUUGUAAACAUUCACUGUUGUCCAAAGAUAACCCGGAAUCAUAAAAUAAAUAUUGGAACACAUGUAAUUGCACAGCUAAAAUAUGAUAUUCAGUACUUUGUCAGAGGUCAGACUCAGAGGUAUACAGCCAGUUUUACUUGUGAAUGUAUUUUACACUUGCUAUCUGAAUUCAGGAAGUCCUCACACCUGUUAAACAUAAUGUGGUAUAAGUUGUGGAAAGGAUGCUAUAAAGACGAAAAGCACAGGAAACCAAGUAGUUAAUAAGAGCAGGUGCAGUGUAAUUCGGCCUAGAUAAUACAAGCAACUGUUGUGUGUUACCCAGUUUCCAAGUCUUAUCUUAAAGGGGCAUUACUGUUUGCCACUCUGCCUUUCCUGUACUGAAAAUCAUAUUCCAAGUCUGUGGAAAUUACAUUUUAAAUAGAUAUUUCUACCGUCGAAUUCUAGCAGCUUAAAUUUAAAGAAAUAAUAUGUUGGUGGAGGAGUGUAAAGUUAUACCCUGCAUGACAAAACUCUUCUUUCAUGUGAUCAGUCUCAUAGUUUGGUAGUUAGUGGGUUAGAGUUUACUGUGAGAUUACCGGGAACAUGCUGAUUUGUGGUUCGAAGUUCACUCUGCCAGAGCCUUCAUGUUCCUUGUGCCAAGUAUUUAUUUAAAAAAAGAAAAAUAGGCAAAUGUUUUCUUACCUUGAAUUAUUUUAUAUAGAGUUUCUAUUUUGCCGGUGUUUGGUGGGAAAAUUUAAGUUUAAAGAGAGAUCAGAUCUCUUGGUUAUUGCUUGACAACAUUUCUUUCAACUUAAAAUACACUGCUUGUUCUGUUUCCAAAUAAUUUAAUCCUGGUAGCUACGUACAGCUCAAAUAAACCAAUGGGUCAAGCUCACGCAAAAGUUAAAUAUCAAAAAGUAGACCUGUACUACUAGAGAAAUUUUGGAUAAAGAUGCACCUAAUUUAUCGAUACCAUGUCUUUGAUAUGGAAGUUUUGAGUUGAUAUAUCUGAAAAUAUUGGGAUAUUUCACAAAAUGGUAUAUUAUAUACUGAAUUUUAUUGUAAUAUAUUUUGACACCAUCUUCUUGGCCUUACAGGUUCAUUCAGUUUGUCCAUCAGACGAGCCAAUCAAGCUUCACGGGAUGGAAUCAAACAUUACCGUAUCAAUAGCCUAGAAAAUGGUUGGUUCUAUAUUUCUCCUCGUUUGACCUUUCCAACGCUUCAAGAAAUGGUGGAUUACUACUGGGGUAAAUAAAUAGGAUUUUAUCAAACUUUUACUGCUCCAUCUGUUUUAGAGAAGAGUCAUCUGUUGUACUGGCUGGCUAUGCAUUAUGGGAAACAUAGUUAACAAGGGCUAGAGUAUUAAGGUCUGAUCAUGAUUGGAUUAGUGAAUCAAUCUCUUAGCAGUGUGAGUCAUGUCAUUACAUUUGAAAAGUAAUAUUUGUAAUUAAAUAAAUUUUUUCUUGUUUUUGUUCCAUUUAUUUAUAUAUUAACAAACAUGUCUUUCAGAAUCAGCGGACGGCAUAUGCUGCGUUUUGAAGGAACCUUGCGUUAUAUUAGGAAUGAACAAUUCAGUGAUUCACGGUGAUUAUGAACCGGUGAUGGUCCGGAACCCGACACUUAAUUGGAAAGAACUAGAUAGGUAAGAGUUAAUGCAUUUAAGAAUGAGAAAACGAAAAGAAAAUGUAGUAAAAUGCACUAAAAUGCACGUGCCAUUUUAGUGACAAUCACUAAUGCAUUACAAACCUAAAAAAAAUUAUCUGAACAUUAUACAAAUAACAAAAGAUCACUUUUACAAGCACUAAAAACUUCAUGUCUGAAUAAAUUUUAGAACAUAUUCUAAAGGUACAUUUAGCCCAUAAAAUUUAGAAAACAAAUGCUAAAAUGAAAAAAAAAAACAACCUCUAAAACAACUGAAACUGAUUAAAUAAUGAAAGAGACAGAUCAGGCUUUCGGCUAAGUUAUAGUUAGUUAGGCUGGAUAUUUUUAUAUUCAUUAAAAAAAAAACCUUUGAGGUUAAACCAUUACAAAGCAGUUGAACCCUUGAAGGUAAGAUGGGGGGGGGGGGGCAGAUCCCAUAAAGAUUUAAAUGAACUUAUGUUGUUAUAGGUGUGGGAGUGUUCCUUUAACGAGGGUAUAUGAUCUCUCCUAUGUUGGGAGGCAUUAAGGUAUUAACGAUGUGUAUGUGAAACCUAUGCAUUUAAAGAGGGGAGCAACAACCAUAACUAUGGUGUCACAUGAUCUUACUUGUUAGGAUAAAUUAGUUUAAUAAGAUUUACAGCCCCUCACACAUUCAAACAAUAUAAUCACAGACACAUGUAUACAUGUUAAGUAUAUUUUGAACCAGCUAGUAAAGAUAAUAAAUUAAAAUAAAGGAUGUUUCUAUAGAUGGUUAUCUAUAGUUUCUCAUGUGUAUUUUUUUCAAAUGUUUGUAUUCAUUUCCAGAUCUAAAGUCUUGGGUUUUCUUGUUUUUAUUUGUAAUAUUCAUAUUUGAUAUUUUUCAUGAUCCCCCCCAGCUCUGCACUCUUUAAGGAAGACAACGGAAUAGGUGAAGAUUGUCCGGUCAGCCUUGGACUCCGAGAAGCAGUCAGUUCUUACAUGUUUAUGACAGAAGACUUUAAUUCAAAAAGUGCUGCAGAAAGAGAACACUUAUGGAGGACAUUUUAGUAAUUACAGCCGGAGUGAUUCAUGAUAAUAUUCUACUGCCAGACGUGCCUUCAAAAUAGUUUCAAAACUUUUUGGGAGGAGCUCUGGAAAUGAAUAAACUUCCUUAAAUAUGAUCAGUCGUGAACCGUUUGGGAACAGCUCAAACGUUGCAAGAUGCAACUUCUUGUCAAUACUAUACUACAAAAUCAAUUCUAAUUUUUACAAAAUUAUAUUUAUUGCAGCUGUGCUGCACUUUAUGUGUACAUAUCUUAUAUUGUAUUUUAUUAUUCUGUAUUGUAUUCUUUGUUGUCUUAUUCUACAAUAGUAUAGAGGAAAUGUCAGAUAAUAAAAUUGUAUAUAAAGCAGUAGAAUUCUAAAAUCCCUAGACUCAAAAUCUACAGUAAAGAAAUUUAUUUUAUAUAAUGAUUGUUUUUGUUGAAUAAAUCAUUCAUUUUACUCCGUUAUGUACAGUUGCUCUAAAUUGUCUAGCACCAGACUAGCAGCAAUAUGAGGUUUAUAUUAUGUGGCUUCAAAUUGCUUGAAUGGGAAGCCUGUGUGGGACCAAUUAUAUAAUUAUGACCACUUACCUCUUUGUUCCACUAAGGUAGCGAUCUAUGUGAAGUUCUAGAGUACCAUAAAGAUUCAUCUGAACAUAUUUGACACAUAAGUAAAUGGUUCAGGACUAGAGAGAUAUAAAAGAUUCAGUUAUUGAGUCAAUUGUGGAGUGUUGGGGAUUCAUGGUUCCAUAGCAAUGUAGGCUGAUGAAAGUCUCAAGUUACUCAAUUCAGCCUUUAACGUUCGUUUUUAAAAUAUAAACAGCUGUAUUAGAGAUUUUUUUCUCCAGUUUGGCUGUUUUGGUAUAACAUUUUUAUUUAAAAUUUUUGGUUUUGAAAUUUUUGGUUAUUUACACUUAGAGAAUAAACAUGAGGAAAAAGGCAAAGAGGGUAGAUGUCUACUAAGAAGAAGACAAACAAUAUAAAAGUAAAUUCUUCCAUAAUAAUCAUGACAUUAGCUGAUGUUUUUAAGUCUGUAUCUUAAAACAUAUUAUAGACAAAAAACUAACUAUGGACCAAGCUUGUUUCUAGGGAAUAUAUUUUUUAAUAUUUACCCCAUUCAAUUAAGUGCUACAUAUUAUUCAUGUCAAGGUCUCAAAACACUUUGCUACAUAAUAGAAGGAUGAUUGUAAUGAACAUGUUAAAG